UAGUAUAACAUAACGUCAAUGGGACUAGCUGAUAUGCAAAUGAUGAUGACUCAAGACUCAAAUUCUUUUUUCAGUUUUAUUAUUUAGGUAUUUCACGAUUCUUACCGUACGCAUAUUUGAGUAAUUGAAUCGAUGAAUCAGCGUUAUGUUUCAUAUCCACAUUGCUAAAUUGUCAGCAUCGUUGUUUUAAUCCAUUUUCAAUGUAUUUAUGAAGCACUGCAGAAAUUGAUGUUUCAAUUUGACACGUCGUGAACAUGCGUAUUACUGCCGGAAAAUGGACGUAUUCAACAAGUUAUACUGGACUGUCAGCAGCACCGUAUCACAGCUGUCAACAGUUUUACCAGGGAAUCCACUUACCAGAGAAUACGAAGCCACUAAUCAUAUCGCGAGCGCUGGACCAGGACUACUGUGGAAGGUAUUCAGCGGAUUCAAGAAAUCCACCAACCAAGAGGCCUCAAUAUUCUUAUUAGAGAAGAAACAAUUGGACAGAUUGUCAAAGAAUGAUCGCGAAGCUGUGCUGGAUACUUUCAGAAAAAGUAUCUCUCAAUUAGCUCGUCUAAGACAUCCCCAAAUUCUAGUGGUACAACAUACUCUAGAAGAAUCACGAGAUAGUUUAGCUUUUGCUACUGAACCAGUUUUUGCUAGUUUGGCAAAUAUUUUGGGUAAAGUAGACAACGUACCAGUUCCAGUUCCUGCCUCGGUGGAAAACUACAAAUUAUUCGAAGUUGAAAUAAAAUAUGGCUUGCAACAGAUUGCCGAAGGCUUUUCAUUCCUACACAAUGACGUGAAAUUAUUACACCGAAAUCUAUGUCUGUACAAUAUAGUAAUCAACAAAGAUGGUGCCUGGAAAAUAUUCGGAUUUGAUUACAGCGUUCACUGCAUUAGUAGAGCAGAAGCUAUCGUAAGAUGGCCGACUAUCGAAUAUGCCAUGGAUGUUCACGCAUUGGCUCAGCCAAAGUUAGAUUACUUGGCUCCAGAAUCCGGAUUAUUUGGCAAAUUAUUAGCGUCCAGCGAUGUUUUUUCAUUCGGAAUGUUGAUUUACGCUUUGUACAAUAAAGGGCAACCUUUUCAUUCCUCCAAUAACAAUUGGACAACGUAUAAUCAGAAUGUGUCGAAAUUUAAACGAAUUUCUAAUUCUGAUCUGUUAUCGAUACCUCAAGAAAUUAGAGAAAUUGUCAAACUGAUGUUGAACUAUAUGCCUGAGCUGAGGCCAGAAUUUCAUGACUUUUUAAAGUCUGAAUUUUUCGAUGAUGUUAGUGUCAAAGCAUUAAGUUAUUUGGAUUCGAUGUUUCAAUGGGAUAAUCUUCAAAAAUCACAAUUUUAUGAAGGAUUGCCUCAAAUUUUAGAAAAACUUCCCCACCGUGUAUCAGUAUUUAGGAUAAUUCCAUGUUUGGCAAAAGAAUUCGUCAAUCCAACCAUGGUGCCUUUCGUCUUACCAAGUGUAUUCGCCAUCUCCGAAAGUUGUACUGAAGAAGAAUUUACCCAGUAUAUUUUACCUAUCUUAAAACCAGUCCUAAGGAUGCGAGAACCUGUGCAAAUUUCACUUAUCUGUAUACAAAAAAUGGAACUAAUGCUGAAACUCGCUCCCGCCAAUGAAAUAGAAUCAGAAAUUUUACCCAUGUUAUUUCGAGCACUCGAGUGUAAUUCGCAACAGUUGCCAGAACUAUGUUUAUCCGUUAUACCCUGCACUUUCGCUACCUUAAUCGACUACCCGGCGAUGAAAAGAUCUGUGAUCUCUCGUAUUCUAGGACUCUGCAUUGUAACUAAGUGUACUUCGGUUCGAGUGAAUUGUUUAGUUUGUAUCAGUAAACUAGUGGAGCAUUUAGAUGCACUCGGAAUUUUUGCUGGUAUUAUACCUUUCUUUCGUUUAAUUAAAUCCGAAGAGCCGGAAGUUCUGAUGAGUAUUGUAGGUGUUUAUAAGAUGAUAUUAAAUCAUAAAAAAGUCAGGAUUCCAAAAGAAAUAAUGGCUGACCAAAUGCUUCCUUUUUUGAUCCCUCUUAGUAUUGAGAAUAGUUCUCUUACUGAGAAUCAGUGCAACGAAGUAAUGACUGUGGUAAAAGAAAUGGUCAAUAGGGUUGAGAUUGAACACCGAGCUGAACUGCAGCAACUUAGUUCAAUGCAGGAACAGCAGAACUUAUCUGAACAAGGCGAGCUACACCAUCGUCUCGGACGGAGCCAGUAAUUCAUCAAUCUGGAUAAAUGAUGUUGAAUACAUCUUCAUCAUCAAAACCAUCGCCAAACAUCUCCUCGCUGCAAAUGUGUCUCCAAAUAUUCAAAAUAAUUUCAGCACUUUUCAUAAUACCUAAGUAUCAACCGACGACGACGUACAUGGCCAAUUUGAUGUCGAUGAUGUCCAAUAAUAUCGCAUUUCCUGUGCAGAGUGUACCCUUAAAUUCUUCAGGGCUUAGUCCGCAACAGCAUUUUUCAAUAACAACAUCGCCAAUAAUAGUAUAAAUUUAUCUCCUGCGCUUAGUAAUAAUAUGACAAUAAAAGCGUCGGCUGAACCUUUAACUUCGUCAAGAAAAUAAUGAUUUUUUGAAUUGAGUUUACAGUCAUUCAUAACGCGUUAUUAUGUACUUUUUACUUGAGUUACCUUACUACCUAGUCAAUAAUCGUGGUUUUACUUUCAAGUGGGCCACAUUCGGUGCCGAUUACUUUUCUACGUUAUACCAGAUUCAAACGAUUUUGAUUCUUGAUACACUUUGUAAAUACAUAAUAUUUAAUGAUGUUACGUCUUAUGAUUAUGAAUUAUAGGUACCUACGAAAUUA